ACUUCCUUUUUCUAUUCAAGGUGUCGGCGACACCCUUGUUUUUUAACGUGAUCCAAGAUGCCGUCGAGCACAUAAAAGACGAAGCCCAAGAGAUUGCCACCAACAUCAACCAGGGCAUACAGGAUGCAAUUAAUCAGGUCAGCAACAGCAGCAGUGAAGCCGCAGCCAACACCACCGCUUCUGGUGACGACAGCAGCGCUGCAGUAUCAGCAGACAGCGAAACUGAGGAGGACACAUCUGACUCCGCAUCUGACUCUGCAUCUGACUCCGCAUCUGACUCUGCAUCUGACUCCACAUCUGACUCCACAUCCGACUCUGCAUCUGACUCCACAUCCGACUCUGCAUCUGACUCCGAAUCUGACUCCACAUCUGACUCCAGCUCCUCAUAAGGAGUCUGGCUGGAGAGUGAAAGUGAGAUUGAGAGCCUCUGAACCUAAGGAGGUUCGCCUGACAACAUCUGUACCUGUGUUCAUGGCAUUGCUCUGAAAUUUCUCCGAUUGACUCUUAAUAAAAUGACAUUGAUCA